UUCAAUUGGACACAACAGGAACUGUAUAUCUACCGUACCUAGUCGGAACUUGUCUUCCGGCGAAGUCAAGAAACUGUAACCAGACACGACACGGACGAGCAUGAGCACGAGCAGCACAGUAACCCACCCCGACAGCAAUAGCGCAACAAUGGACGAGAAACGCAUCAAAGAAUUCACGACUGACGGCGUGAACCCCCGCUACGACGAGACGGGGCUUCAGACCUCCAACAAGCUGCACGAACAACCGGCGGACCAACAGCCAUCCGGCGACGACCUGAAGCCGCAGACGGAUCCCUCGACGGAGAACCACAAUCGGCGCGAGGUGACGGAUCCGGUUACGCACCUCCAAAUAGCGAUCCACGACGCCACAGAUACCGAGCUCGAACGGAUUCCGCCGCCGCCCGCGUCGCCGCAGGACCAGCCGGAGGGCACGGCGGAAAGGAAGGAUGACUCGGAUCUGAGGCAUGAUGAGAUGAAUACGCUUGUUAAGGAGGAGACGAAGGGACGGUGGACGGACUAUGCCGAGAGGGAGAGGAGGGGUAGGCUUCGCGCUGCGUUUAUUUCGGGUGGGGCGACGGCGGGGGCUACGGUUGUGGUGUUUAUGUGGGCUAUGAUGAUGGCGGGGUCGGAGGGUGUGGGGUUCCUGUUCCUUGAAAUGGUGAUUGGGAUUGUGGGAUGUGCGGUGGUGGGUCUGGGAGCGGGCGCGAUGGUCUGGACGUACACUGCGGUUGCAGACGAUGACGGUGACGUCGAGAAAGUGGUGGAGCAGAAGAAACCAUUACCCACAAGCAAACAGCACAAGCCUCCGGAAUCCGCAGCCUGGGUCAACUCUUUGCUAUCGUCGUUAUGGCCCAUCGUCAAUCCGGCGCUCUUCAAUUCCAUUGCCGAUAUGCUCGAAGAUGCGAUGCAGGCAUCACUUCCGAAGCUCGUCAAAGGUGUCCGGGUUGCCGAACUCGGCCAGGGAAACGAGAGCUUGCGCAUUCUCGGGAUCCGAUGGCUUGAGACUGGCGACGCUGCCGAGGACAAGCAGGGCAUGCCGGGCGAAGAAGGAGAUUUCGCCAACUUUGAAAUCGCCGUAGCGUACCGCUCGCGACCACCGGCGCAUUCCACGCGAGGCUUGCGCGGCCGCAGUCGCAACGCCCACCUGCUGAUCGAAUUCUCGGCCAUGGGAGGGGUCAUGUUUCCAGUCUGGGUAGAGGUAACAGGAAUCCUUGCUACAGCGAGGAUGCGUAUCCAACUUACCCCGAAUCCUCCAUUUCUGGGCCUAGCGACACUCACCUUGCUCGGACAGCCAAAGGUCAACGUUUCAUGUGUGCCUAUCGCAAAGAACUUUCUGAACAUCAUGGAUGUGCCCGUGCUAAAUCGGUUCCUCCAAAGUAGCAUCGAUUCGGCUAUCAGCACAUAUGUGGCACCCCGCAGCUUGACGCUGGAUCUCAACUCCCUCCUGACCGGGAAGGAGAAGAUGGAUACGGAGGCUGUGGGGGUUAUCGUCGUCAGGGUCAUCAGAGCAACAGGCUUCAAAUAUGGCGAUGGCGGCAAGAAGUGGCUACCUGGGGCCAUGAAAAGAGGUGAUCCAUAUGUUGCUAUUGGCUGGGGCAAGUGGGGAAAGGGGAUGUGGAGUACCAGGAUCAUCGAAAAUGAAGGAGAGCCGGUUUGGGAUGAGACGGACACGAUGCUCGUGGGACCGACGGAGGUUGGUGCAGACGAAAACCUGCGGCUGCAGCUGUGGGAUUCUGAUCGAACCACAGCGGACGAUCUUUUAGGAGUCGUGGAAAUCCCACUCAAAGAUGUCAUGACCCAGGACUCCAUGAAGAACCGUAUUUUAGAACGCGAAGACGACUUUGUUGACUACGAAGGAAAGCCCUGCCCUGGAAAACUGUGGUGGAACGUCGGAUACUUCUCGAAGCCGGACUUUGGCGAGUACCUUGCCCAUCGUGAAGGCGUCGAUGUUGAGGAGGCAAAGAGACAGAUUGAGAAGGAGGCCGAGCGGAAACUCAGGGAAGCCGGUGGACUUGACGAAACUGGAGAAACAGCACAGCAAAAGAAGGAAGACUUGAAAGAACAGAGCGAUAAGAUCAUUGCCAACACGCCUCCAAACACCGAUUACCCUAGCGGAAUCCUGUAUAUCGGGAUCCAGCAGAUCGUGGGGCUUGAAGUGGAGAGGGUAAGGGAUUCGGGUGUCAAAGAGGCAGAGGACGAGGAGGGCGAAGAUCUCCCUAGCGCUUAUUGCACAGCUAUCAUCAAUCACGAGAAGGUGUACAAGACGCGGACGAAGCUGAAGGAUAACAAGCCUUUCUUUGAUGCCAGUGUAGAGCGCUUCAUCCGUGACUUCCGAACAACGACACUCAUCAUUUCGGUUCGAGACCACCGUCCCCAUGAAGCCGACCCGCUCUUGGGAGUUGUCGUCCUACCGCUCGAUCGCAUCUUCGCAUCUGGUUCACAGGUGGUGCAAUCCUUCCCGCUCGUCGGGGGUAUCGGAUACGGCCGAGUUCGUCUCUGUUUAAUCUUCCGCAGCGUCUACCUCCGAUUACCGCCGCCAUUGAUGGGCUGGAGCACGGGCACACUUGAAGUCUCGCCGCACGCCUCCGCCUCCGAAGGACUUCCUCAAGACCUUGCCCAAUGCCGCCUCGUCUUCCGCACUCUCUACAGCAAACACAAGAUGUUCCCAAACUCGGACGCACCCAGGGAGUGGAGCCGGAAGCGCCGCGAUCGUUCGCUCCACCUUGCCGUGUGUAAACGUUAUGCCUCUUGUCUCCUCGUCCAGUUCCGAAAGUACUCUCUCGGACCCGACACGACGCCCGCGUUCGCCGUGCUGUGGCUCAAAGACAUUGCCGACGACGACGAGGUCGAGCUCGAGCUGCCGGUGCGAAAGGGCCACCUAAAGCGGGCCGUCAAAAACGCCGACAACGAAGGGGAGCAAGUGGGCGUGUUGAAAGUCCGGGUGAAGUUCUGGCCCGGCCUCAGCGGGUACCACCAACACAUGGCCGCGGCGAACACGAACAUGGCGGAUGUCAUGCAGGUGCUCGAGGCGGCCGAGGACGCCAAAGCCGUGGAGGGGUACCACUCCGAGACAUCGUCCUCGUCGGACUCCUCGGACGACGACGAAGACGCCUACAACGACGCAAAAAGGGACAACGCCGACCACGAUGACGGAAAACGCGGGCUGACCGAUGAACUGAAGGACUAUAAAUGCAAUCGCAAAGACAUGCACCGCCGACACCGCGGGCUGAUGCAGUUCCGGACGGCGAGGCAGGUCGCCUGGAUGGGACAUAAGGUCGAGGAGAAGUCCCAUGAGCUCGGCGAUAAUCUCAAGUCGAGGUUGAAACAUCGGGGGAGAGCGGCCGACGCCCAAAAAGUCGAGACGGAGGUUUAACUUGUGUACUCUACUCACAGCUGGGAUCGGAUCGGAGAAUUGGUUUCGAUUCGAUGUGGGGUUGCUUUGCUUUUUCUUUCUGUUCUUUGGGCCGGGAUUCGAAUUUCGCACGCGGUAUUUGGGGCGUUUGAUAUUCUUUAUGUAACUGCUUUGCGUCUGUCCGGAAUUUACCUACCUACAUACUCUGCACACAUACAUACAGUCCACAGGCAGAGUA